AUGCUCUCACCAGCUACAGCAUCCAGCGCCCUCUCUGCGCUGCGCACCGUUUCCCGCCGCUCGGCCAAGGUCGUGGCACCCAGCAGCCGCACCUUUUCCUCGACAGCGACAUCCUCCCUCGUCCAGCCAAUGCCGACAGCGACGCCGAUGCUGGUGCGAUGUGCGAGCGCCAGCAGCUCCGCCCUGACACGGCCGCAGCACCGUGGGCAGAGACGGCCGUAUGCCACCUCGCCGUCCGCCACGUCGUCUCCCAACGAUCCGGCCGAGGAAGAGUCGCAGCGCUUCCUAGAGGAGGGCACCACCCACCUCGAGAGCGGCGACCUCGAAAAGGCAAAGGCGGCGUACAAGCGCAGCCUCGAGAUCAAGCGGAACUCGUCGGCCCUCUUCAACCUCGGCGUGUGCCACUACCACGAUCGCGACCUCGCCGCGGCGAUUGAGGCGUGGAACGAGUCGCUGCGCCUCUCGCCGGAGUCGGCGGAUGCGCACACCAACCUGGCGUCGGCCUACGUGCUGAGCAAGCCGUCGCGGCCCGACCUGGCGGUCGACCACCUCAAGACGGCGGCGACCAUUACGCCCGAUGACCCCGAGAUCCAGUACAACCUGGCUGCGGUGCUCGAGGCGUGCGAGCAGCUCGAGGAGGCGCUGACGGCCUACAAGCGCGCGCUCGACGGCGGCAUCCAGCGGGCCGAGCAAAACAUCCGCAACUGCUCGGCCAAGAUCCUCGGCGCCAAGGUGGCCAUCCAGCAGCAGCAGGAGGCCGAGGAGGAGGAGAGGAAGAGGAAGGAGCGGCACGGGGGCGGAAACUGA